CGACGCGCCCUCCCGCCGAUCACGAUCUUCACGCCUCUACUUUCUCCGCCACCCUCGCGCCGCGCCUUCGCAGACACCGUGCACAAUGGUCCGGCUCAUCACGCACAACCUCCUCGCAUGCCAUGCCAAGGGCUGCACCUCCAACAACUUCCCUCUGCAGUUCCAAGACGUCCAGGUCGAGCUGCGCGAGGCCGAGUUCAACCCCGACUUUACGCGCGGCAUCAUCUCGAGGCUGGAGUGGGGCGCGUUGGUGGAUGCUGCUAGACAGCUGGGGGACACGUCGUUGCCGGCGGAGCCCCCGGAGAUGAUGGACGACGAGUUCCUGCAAAAACUCCACCAUGUCUUGCUCGAGACACACGUAGAGGAGGGCGCCAUGAUCUGCCCAAAUUGCAAGCAUGUCUAUCCGAUCUCAAACGGCAUUCCAAAUAUGCUCCUUGCCGAACACGAGAUUGGUUGAGUCUCUGCGUACCACAUCACUGCGCAUAACAUCUAUGCCACUAGUCAUUCGUGCACGGCAGCCUUGUGCUCCUCGAGUGAAUGCGCUCGACCAUCUGGAAGCUUGCCGAAGGUGCAAUGACGGGCGGCUACCACGGGGAAUGGGAGACUCGAUGCAUUGUGGAAGAUGGAAGGGGGGAGCAAGAACAAAGAUACAAAUGCAAAGCACUACAAUCGAACCGCAAGGGAGAUGUACCACGAAGGAAUCUAUCGCUUUUGUCAAGCCGUCUAAGCUCUACCUCUACCUCUCACGAAAUCUUCUAUAACUAGAAAAUACAGGUCUAAGUGGAUGAAGCACACAACACACUGCGCACGCGUCUACGAGUCUUGAGCGGGGG